AUGGCGCCCAUCACAAAGGAAGCCGACAUUGUCGUCCUGGGAGGCGGCAGCGGUGGCCUCGCCUCUGCGCGCGCCGCCAGCGGCAAGUACGGUGCCAAGGCCAUCGUCAUUGAAGGCAAGCGUCUGGGCGGAACGUGUGUGAACGUAGGCUGCGUGCCCAAGAAGGUCACCUUCAACGCGGCCGCCCUGAGCGAGGCGAUUCACGACUCCAAGGCGUAUGGGUUCAACGUCCAGCAGGUGGCGCCCUUUGACUGGCCGACCUUUAAGAAGAAGCGCGAUGCCUACAUCACACGCCUCAACGGCAUCUACGAGCGCAACCUUAACAACGACAAGGUGGAAUACCUGCACGGCCAUGGCCGCCUGUUGUCCAAGAACGAGGUCGAGGUGACACAGGACGAUGGUUCCAAGGUGGUCAUCAACACCAAGAAGAUCCUUGUCGCCGUUGGAGGCCGACCGGCCCCCUUCCCCAACAUUCCUGGUGCCGACUACGGCGUGGACAGUGAUGGUUUCUUCGAUAUCGCCGAGUUGCCCAAGAAGGUCGCUCUCGUUGGUGCUGGAUACAUCGCAGUCGAGUUCGCGGGCAUGUUCAACGCUCUCGGCGUCGAAACGCACCUCUUCAUCCGCAACGACACCUUCCUCCGCACCUUUGACACCAUGAUCCAGGAGGUGGCCACCAAGGAGUACGAGCGUCUGGGCGUCAAACUCCACAAGCGGAGUGAGCUCACCAAGGUCGACAAGGACAGCAAUGGCAAGCUCAACCUCACACACAAGGACGGCGAGGGCAAGGAAUCGGGCGUUUCCGAGGUGGAUCACCUCAUCUGGGCUGUCGGCCGCGUCCCCGAGACCAACGGCAUUGGGCUGGAGGAAGCUGGCGUCAAGAUCAGCGACAAGGGCUACAUUGUGGUCGACGAGUACCAGAACAGCAGCGUCGACAACAUCCACGCGCUCGGUGAUGUCACCGGCGAGGCUGAGUUGACCCCCGUCGCCAUUGCGGCCGGCCGCAAGCUCGCCGCCCGCUUGUUCGGCCCCCCUGAGUUCGCCAACGCCAAGAUGGACUACACCAACAUCCCCUCGGUUGUUUUCGCUCACCCUGAGAUUGGCUCUGUGGGCCUUACCGAGGAGCAGGCUAUUGAGAAGUACGGCAAAGACGACCUCAAGGUCUACAAGACGAGCUUCACGGCCAUGUUCUACUCCAUGAUGGAUCCCGAGGAUAAAGCGCCCACCAGCUACAAGCUGAUCUGCCAAGGACCAAAUGAGAAGGUGGUAGGAAUGCAUAUAAUUGGACUUGGCAGUGGAGAAAUGCUCCAAGGCUUUGCUGUGGCCAUCAAGAUGGGCGCAACGAAGAAGGAUUUCGACGCAACAUGCGCGAUACACCCUGUCAGUGCGGAAGAAUUGGUUACCAUGAAAUAG